CUCGAAUAGAUUCAUAAUAUACCUUGUCCACGGAAAAAAUAGGAAGAUAGAAGAAGCAAAACACACAAUAAUGAAGCUCCUUACACUCACAACCAUCCUCCCCGCUCUUGCCUUUGCGCAAGCCCAAUCCAUCUUCGACGAUUGGCACCCAGCGGUUCCUGGCCAAGACAGUCGUGGACCCUGCCCCGGACUCAACGCCCUCGCAAACCACGGCAUCCUCCCCCGCAGCGGCAAAAACAUCACCAUUCCAGACCUCGUCAAGGGACUGGGUGCUGGUGUCAACAUCUCGGCCGAGUUGGCCACUAUUCUGGGCAUGGGCGCGAUCAAGACGUCCGACACACCGGCCUUGCAAAGCUUUGACUUGGACGACCUUGGCAAGCACAACCUCAUCGAGCACGAUGGCAGCUUGUCUAGGAAGGAUAUUGCGUUUGUCGAGGGUACGCCGACGCACAAGUUGGACGAGGACAUCUUUGAUGACUUUAUGAGCUACUUCAACGCGAGUGCGAGUAUCUCGCUGCCUGUUGCUGCAGCUGCGCGAUGGGGACGUAUGCAAUCUUCCCGCAAGGACAACUCUCAGUUCCAGUACACGCCUUCUGGCCGCUUCAGCUCUUACUCGGAGACGGCUAUCUACUACCUCACACUUCAGAACCCUGCCACUGGCACCGUUCCCGUCGAGCACUUGAAGGUGCUUUUCACUGAGGAGCGUCUCCCCUACAAGGAGGGCUGGAGGCCUUUGGUCCCUGUCAACGGCGGAAGCUUUUCCCAGACUCUGCUUUCCCUCGCUAUCAGCACGCCUGAGGAGGCUAGCGAUCUCGUCAUCCCCUCCAUGUAAGAUGUGCUUCUUGCAUAGAUUGGAUGUUGAGCAGAUGUGGUUGACGUUGCAUGUGCAUGCGUGUUGUUUGCUUCUGUGGAUACAGGCGGGU